AGUAGCUGGGACGAAUCUUUCUGUGCGGUUUCGAGAAGGAAGGGGGCCGCCGGCUACGCGACUGGGUCGAGUGACUGACACCGGCUCGGCUGCCUGGGCCGCCACCGCUUAGACCAGCGUGGGGCGGGGCUCGAUUGGCAGUUUAGAAAAAGAGGUACAUUAAAUGUAAAAGUGAAUACUUUCCAUGAUACGUGCAAAUGGCCAGUUCUUUAAGAGGAGAAGUACUGAAUCUUUAUAAAAAUCUGCUGUAUCUUGGACGAGACUAUCCAAAAGGAGCAGACUAUUUUAAAAGGCGUCUGAAGAGUGUUUUCCUUAAAAACAAAGAUGUGAAGGACCCAGAGAAGAUCAAAGAACUUAUUGAACAAGGCCAAUUUGUAAUGAAAGAACUAGAAGCAUUAUACUUCCUUAAGAAAUAUAGAGCUAUGAAACAACGCUAUUACUCAGAUACCAACAAAACUAACUGAUCACUAUUACUAUAAUUUGAAAAUCAGUGCCAGCUGUUUAUGUAUACCAGCUAUUACAAAAAUAAUUCUAAAAUGUCAAGGUAAUACAUUUUGUUAAAAAUACUUUACUGAACUAAAAUAGGUUUCCACUUCUGUUCAAACUGAGAGCUUUAUCAGCAACCUUUAUGCUCAAUUUUUAUACUAAAAUAGCAAUUUAACUAUAUGAUGCUGCCAACUACCAAUUAAAAAUUGAUGAGCACCCAAUUUUGAAUGAAAAUAUAAUGUACUUAAUUUUUGCCAAUUCUUAGCCCAUCUCUGCAUUUUACUGAAAAAAGAAUGCCGUUUAAUGCACAUUUAAGUAAGCAAAAUAAUUUCUUGCAAGUUUAUUGCCCUUAACUUUUGAAGGAGUUCCUUAUUUUUGACCCCAUUUGGUACAUUAACAGCACAGAGUCAAGGUUCACUGCAAAAGAAUGAUUUAAGUGCAGUUAGUAGAAGUAAUAAGUAUAGAGUAAGAUUACUUCUGAACUAGAAACAGCCUACCAGCAACUGGCAUCACAUAUAUAUACCUAAUUAUUUCCAUUAUUAAUUUUUGCCACUGGCUGCCUUUGGGCCUUAAAUCACCCGUUGUGUAUCAAUUACCUUCUUCAAUAAAAAGUAAUAAGUAAUGUUAUUCUA